GCCCAAUCCUCUGAUCCCUCCCCCGUCAACUGCCCGACACGACACCUGCCACGACCACGACCAUCCCGCCAUCGCGUCCCCGCUCGCGCCCCGCCAUCCACCCCUCGCCAUUGCGUGUGCCUCCGCACGCGAGUUCACGUAACCAACACUGCGCACGCGUCGCUUUCCGUCGCGUCACGUCGGCCUGCAAACGACGCGUCCUUCCUCUAAGCGGCCGCCCAUCAUGCACCGCUCGACCGCGAAGCGAAGCCUCGAGAACAACCACGGCGAGCUGGACGCGAAACUCGAGCUUCUGCAGCAGCUAUGUCUGCAGGAUGCCGGGGAUGCACAGGCGCCUGACAACCCGCACCUCCGUAGCAGGAUCUCGUACGUUGACCAGCGAUGGCUCCAGGCAGAGUACGGGUGGACCAUGGAAUCCGCUGCUACAUCGACAGUCAGCUUUCUCGACGAGGAAGAGGACAUGGAUGCGUGUAUGCCGCAUCUGUACGAUCCUACGCUCUUCUCGGAUCCGCGCGUCACACCGACGCUUCCCACCAAACCCACGACCAAGUCGCACCAGCGCGCAUACAGUGAGAAAGACAAAGUGAGUCUUCUUGCAGUCGGCAUCGAGCGUCGUUGCUCCCAGGGUCGUCCUCUUGUUGGCUCGGACUCGGGCACCCUACUUCGCGAAUGGCCCGCUCUGGACUUGGAAGUCGUCUAGCAUGACCGGCAAGCGGAAUCCGUGAUGGCGGGAAAUUGGUUGAGACCAACCUUUUUACGCCAGCGGCGGUGUCGCGUUCGGGGUUCCACGUGCUCCGAACAUCCCUGCCCCAUAAGGACUAGCGCCCCUGCUUACCACACACGAGCGCUGCAAAGACGAGCCCUCGGCGUCGCCGUGCU